AUAUAAGGCGGCGGCGCGCGGGGCCCGGAGUCCCAGCCGCCUGCCCGCGCGGGGACAGCGCCCAGUGCCUGACGCCCGGAGCGCUCGCCAUGGCCGGCGCGCAGCAGCAGCCCCCCUACCUGCACCUGGCCGAGCUCACGGCCUCCCAGUUCCUGGAGAUCUGGAAGCACUUCGACGCAGACGGAAAUGGCUAUAUUGAAGGGAAGGAGCUGGAAAACUUCUUCCAAGAGCUGGAGAAGGCAAGAAAAGGCUCUGGUGUGAUGUCCAAGGGUGACAACUUUGGAGAGAAGAUGAGGGAGUUCAUGCAGAAGUACGAUAAGAACUCGGACGGGAAGAUUGAGAUGGCAGAGCUGGCACAGAUCCUGCCCACCGAGGAGAACUUCCUUCUCUGCUUCCGGCAGCACGUGGGCUCCAGCACGGAGUUCAUGGAGGCCUGGCGGAAGUAUGAUACGGACCGGAGCGGCUACAUCGAAGCCAAUGAGCUCAAGGGCUUCCUCUCUGACCUGCUGAAGAAAGCGAACCGGCCACACGAUGAGCCCAAGCUCCAGGAGUACACGCAGACCAUCCUGCGGAUGUUUGACCUGAAUGGGGACGGCAAACUGGGCCUGUCAGAGAUGUCGCGCCUCCUGCCCGUUCAGGAAAACUUCCUGCUCAAGUUCCAGGGCAUGAAGCUGACUGCUGAGGAGUUCAAUGCCAUCUUCACAUUCUACGACAAGGACGGAAGUGGCUACAUUGAUGAGAACGAGCUGGACGCCCUCCUGAAGGAUCUGUAUGAGAAAAACAAGAAGGAAAUGAACAUCCAGCAGCUCACGGGCUACCGGAAGAGCGUCAUGUCCUUGGCCGAGGCGGGCAAGCUCUACCGCAAGGACCUGGAGAUCGUCCUCUGCAGCGAGCCCCCCGUGUAAAGGGGGGCGGGGUGGGGCU